GUGGCCUCAUUUACUGGCGAGAAACGAGCUGUGGCUGAGUACGAAAAGUCCCUCAUCAAGGCCUAUCAUUCAGGUGUACAGGAAGGAUGGGCCACAGGGUUAGGUUUUGGAUCUGCCAUGUUCAUUAUAUUCUGCAGCUAUGCUUUGGCUAUUUGGUUUGGUGCAAAGAUGAUAUUGGAGAAAGGUUAUAGCGGUGGCGAAGUGCUCAAUGUGAUUAUCGCGGUGCUAACUGGUUCAAUGUCUCUGGGGCAGGCAUCCCCUUGCAUGACUGCGUUUGCAGCGGGUCGAGCAGCGGCUUACAAGAUGUUCGAGACUAUAAAUAGGAAGCCCGAGAUUGAUGCGUAUGAUAGCAGGGGGAAGAAGCUUCAAGACAUUCGUGGGGACAUAGAGCUGAAUGAUGUUUAUUUCAGCUACCCUGCUCGGCCAGAUGAGCAGAUAUUCAGAGGCUUCUCUCUCUCCAUCCCUAGUGGGACGACGGCAGCUCUGGUCGGACAGAGUGGGAGCGGCAAAUCAACUGUUGUGAGCUUGAUAGAGAGAUUCUAUGACCCCCAAGCUGGCCAAGUGCUAAUCGAUGGAGUCAAUCUCAAGGAGUUCCAGCUCAAGUGGAUCAGGUCGAAAAUCGGCCUUGUGAGCCAAGAACCGGUGCUCUUCACCGGUAGCAUUAAGGAUAACAUUGCAUACGGCAAGGAUGGUGCAACUACAGAGGAAAUCAGAGUGGCUGCAGAGCUAGCGAAUGCUGCUAAAUUCAUCGAUAAACUGCCUCAGGGACUGGAUAGCACGGUUGGUGAACAUGGCACUCAGCUUUCGGGUGGACAGAAGCAGAGAAUCGCCAUUGCUAGAGCAAUCCUAAAGGACCCGAGGAUACUACUCUUAGACGAGGCUACGAGUGCUCUAGAUGCGGAGUCUGAGAGAGUGGUGCAAGAGGCGUUGGACAGGAUUAUGGUGAACAGAACCACAGUCAUUGUGGCCCAUCGCCUCAGCACAGUCAGGAAUGCUCAUAUGAUUGCAGUUAUUCAUCAAGGAAAGAUGGUUGAGAAAGGAACGCAUGAUGAACUUCUUGAGGAUCCAGAUGGGGCGUAUUCGCAGCUCAUACGCUUGCAGGAAGCAAACAAGGAGUCGGACAACGUCGAUGAAAACGAAAGAUCAGAUGCGAGCAUGGAUUCCGGUCGACACUCAAGCCGCAAGCUGUCAUCCAUGCGCUCCAUUAGUAAAGGAGGUUCCUCUGAGAUAGGAAACAGCAGCCGUCGCCAAUCAUUACCGCUAUCAUUUGCUCUGCCUCCCACAAUCAAUCCAUCAGAACAAGGUCCAGAUUUUAGUUCUAGUUCCUCUGAGAAGCAUCCUAACGUCUCCAUUCGUCGCCUUGCCUAUCUGAAUAAGCCCGAGGUGCCCGUGCUCAUCUUGGGAGCUAUUGCUGCAAUUGUUAAUGGUGCAGUGAUGCCGGUAUUCGGGAUAUUGAUAUCAAGCGUGAUCAAAACCUUCUUUGAGACGCCGCAUAAGCUACGCAAGGACUCGAAAUUCUGGUCAUUGAUAUUCGUGGGGCUGGGAGCCGUAUCACUGGUGGCGUAUCCAGCGAGGACUUAUCUGUUCGGUGUGGCCGGGAAUAAGCUGAUUAAGAGGAUUAGGCUGAUGUGCUUCGAGAAGGCGGUUAGAAUGGAGGUUUCUUGGUACGAUGAGCCCGAGCACUCGAGUGGUAUGAUCGGAGCAAGGCUGUCCGCUGAUGCUGCGAGCGUUCGUGCUCUCGUUGGCGAUGCCCUGGCGCAAAUGGUUCAAGACUUGUCAUCGGCAGUUGUGGGGCUGGGCAUUGCUUUUCAAGCUAGUUGGCAACUGGCACUCAUCAUACUUGCUAUGAUACCUCUCAUAGGACUCAGUGGGUUUGUGCAGGUCAAGUUCUUGAAAGGCUUCAGCGCAGAUGCAAAGGCCAUGUAUGAAGAAGCAAGUCAGGUUGCUAACGACGCAGUUGGAAGUAUACGAACAGUUGCUUCCUUCUGUGUAGAGGAGAAGGUGAUGGAAAUGUACAGAAUCAAAUGCCAAGGUCCAAUGAAGAAUGGGAUUAGACAAGGAGUUAUUAGUGGGGUCGGCUUUGGUUUAUCCUAUGCCUUGCUGUUUCUCGUCUACGCUACAAGCUUCUAUGCAGGAGCUCGCCUUGUUCAAGAUGGCAAGAUCACAUUUUCCGAUGUCUUUCGCGUUUUCUUUGCUCUAACAAUGGCGGCUAUAGCAAUCUCCCAAUCAAGCUCAUUAGCUCCGGACUCGAGCAAGGCCAAGAGCGCGUCUGCCUCAGUCUUUGCGAUUCUCGAUAGGGAAUCCAAGAUCGACCCAAGCGACGAAUCCGGCGUGAAGCUAGAGAGUAUGAAGGGAGAGAUAGAGCUACGACACGUGAGUUUCAAGUAUCCCACUAGGCCAGAUGUUCAGAUCUUCCGUGACCUGUCCCUCACCAUCCGCAGCGGCAAGACCGUUGCGUUGGUCGGGGAGAGCGGCAGCGGUAAAUCAACAGUCGUGUCAUUGCUGCAGAGAUUCUACGAUCCUGAUUCAGGCCACAUAAGCAUCGACGGAGUUGAGAUACAAACGUUCCAGCUGAAAUGGCUGAGGCAGCAGAUGGGGCUAGUGAGCCAAGAGCCAGUCCUAUUCAACGACACCAUCCGAGCCAACAUCGCCUACGGCAAGGGAGGCGAUGCAACGGAGGCAGAGAUCAUCGGUGCGGCCGAGAUGGCCAACGCGCACAAGUUCAUCAGCGGGCUGGCCAACGGGUACGACACGGUGGUGGGGGAGCGAGGGGUUCAGCUGUCCGGGGGGCAGAAGCAGCGCGUCGCCAUUGCCCGUGCCAUCGUCAAGGCUCCCAAGAUACUGCUGCUGGACGAGGCUACGAGCGCAUUGGAUGCGGAGUCGGAGAAAGUGGUUCAGGAUGCGCUCGACCGGGUUGUGGUGGACCGGACCACGGUGGUGGUGGCGCAUAGGCUGUCGACGAUCAAAGGAGCCAAUGUGAUCGCUGUGGUGAAGAAUGGAGUGAUAGUGGAGAAAGGGAAGCAUGAAACUCUAAUCAGCAUCAAAGAUGGUUUUUACGCUUCAUUAGUCGCACUUCAUACGUCAGCAGCUUCUGCUCCUGCUUAAUUAGUUUGAAUCCUAGAUCUCAUUGUUGGUGACAAGAGUUCGCAUCGCUUGAUAUUCUCUUGGGGAUCUCUUCUGCUUAAUUAUUAAACACCAAAUUAAUUUUCACAUCUCGUUGUAUUUAGAUUCUUCAUUUUUAAUACUACAAGUUUCCGCUCUUUUUAGUGAUUCA